AUGGAGGAGGAACAGGUACUGCGCGAUGUUGCUAGACCCACUGAGCAGAAAAUUCACCCAAUAAAAGAGGUCACGUUUGGUGCCAUUUCAGGAAUGGUUGGUAAAUUAAUCGAGUUUCCUCUUGACACAAUCAAGGUUCGACUACAGUCUAAUCAUGGCCAAUCGCCCAUAACAACAAUACAAAUGAUCCGCCAAACGUAUCACAACGAAGGAUUUGUACAUGGAUUUUAUAAGGGAUUGAAAGCUCCAUUGCUUGGUGCAUGUUUAGAAACAGCAAUAUUAUUUAGUAGUUACAACUAUGCUUCGACUUUUAUCGCCAACCGAAUCGAUAAAUCCAAUGGAACUAACUCGAGAAAGAUUGUUUCAGUCGACGACAUACCAUUCUGGAGCAAAUGCGUCUCCGGUGGAUUUGCUGGACUCAUGGCCAGUUUUAUCUUGACACCCGUAGAGCUCGUGAAAUGCCAAUUACAAGUGGUCAAUAUGCAUAAUAGCACACCUUUAACUAUUCUGUCACAAUUACUGCCGCAGGUGCAAAAGUCAUCAUCAUCAUCAACAACAUCAACAACAACAACAGCAACAACAACAACAUCAACAUCAACAUCAACAACGCACUCUUACUCUUCAAUAGUAAAGCGAACAAUAAAGGAUAAUGGUAUAACCGGAUUAUGGAAGGGGCUCGAAUCCACUAUAAUCAGAGAAGUUGUAGGCACAGCAAUUUGGUUUGGCACUUUUGAAUACCUCAACAAUCACUUCAAAAGUACUGCUGACCCAUGGAUUGAGAACCAAGAUUUACAAUUACUAUUUAGUGGUGCUGUAGCUGGGGUUACCUUCAAUUUGUCUGUGUUCCCCGUUGACACCAUCAAGUCAAACAUUCAAACACAUGAUAUCUUAAACAAAGCAGAACAUAAACAAUCAAACACAAACUUUUGGAAGGAGGCUAGGAAAUUGGUGCUGAGGAAGGGAGGCAUAAUAAAUCUCUAUAAUGGAUUGGGCAUCACUUUGGUAAGGUGUGUACCAGCAAACGCAUUAAUAUUUUAUACAUAUGAACUCUUGAAACGCAAUUUCUAA